GGCAAGGCUCUCGAUAUAUGUCGGGUCGAAGAAGGGAGAUCGCCUCCAGCAUUGACCAAAGAACGCCAGCACGUGGCGUCACAGGUGUCGCAUAGUUCUCGAACAUUCAUUCCUGAUGGUGCAUUAGCGUCCCACACUCAGAUUUGAACCCUCAUAUCAACUUGGGGCCCGCAUCUUCGUUCCCCUCAAAGAACAUCUCAAGUUAAAUCUGAGCCAUGGAAGUUCCCGAGUCGUCUCUAAAAGAGCUCUUCAACCGGUCUAGAGAACAACAUGGUGAUCUGGAAAGUCUAGAUCCGCAGAGCGCCGAGUUUAAACACACAUUACAGUCACUCAACAACACGCUCGAAAGAUGCCAACAACUCAUUCAACAACUGUCCAUAUUCAGCACAAACGAGGAGAUUGAGGAUGUGUCAACUCAGGAUAUUCAAUAUUUCACCGUCGACUACUCCUUGGCCGAAGUCAAAUCCAGGGCGUAUGGAGGCGAUAGAAAGCUGUCCUUGCAGCGCUCGGCAGAGCUCCUGGAAGGCUUCUUGGCGAGAUUAGACAAUUAUCGUCUGCUUGCGCCUGCAGAUCACCAUCUCUACGAGCGUUACCUGGAAGAGCGUUCGAGAUUCAGGGUGAUUUCCUCGAACAACCCUGAAGAAAAGCGAAACACCAAGAUCCGCCGUUUCCAGGAAGAAAAGGCGCUCAAACAGAAACUAGAGUAUCUGACAAAUGAGUCUCACAAACUCAAUGUCGAUGAUGAGACGCUGCGCAGUCUUUACCUGGCAGAAAUUGGACUUGACGUCAACCGGACGUUUUCUUCGCUUGACAUGAUUUCUCAGGAACUUGACAUUCUGUCUCAGAUCGAACAGUCCAAUCCUAUUCCUGCAGGGCUGCCGCCUGAUGCCCGUGCCCCUUCUAGGUCGAAUGGGUAUACGGAUCGACUUGAUGGCCCGACUACUCUAGGAGGACUGGGAAGGCGAGGCGGUCCACUCCUGAGCUCAAAAGGAAAGCCCCUACAACCAUUCACCCUGACUGACAAACGCACCCAACUUCAACAGGGCGUCUUCAAGCCCAGUCACAAUCUCCCAACCAUGAGUAUAGAUGAAUAUCUCGAAGAAGAGAGGAAGAGGGGAGGUAUCAUUGAGGGUGGUAACACUGACGGCGAGAAGCCCGAUGUUGAUGAGGACAACAUAGCAGAGGUUGACGCCGCAACAAUGAAAGCUCGUCAAUGGGAUGAGUUUGUCGAGGCUAAUCCCAAGGGAGCGGGCAAUACAUUGAAUAGAGGCUAGCAGAAAUAGCAUGCCAUUUCUGUGACCCGUUUUUGUACAUCGGCCCAGGCU